AUGGCGCGUCUCACCUCCUUCGCCAGAGCUACCGCUCUCCUCGGCCUCGGCCGCGUGGUCGCUGCGCAGAACAGCACCGCCUGGCCCUGGCAGACCUACCGGUCCGAGCCCUCUCUCCAGCCUCCCUCGCUCAAGAUCACGCAGACCGGAGAGAUCGCCGACGGCCACCUGUUCUUCGACCAGUCGGGCAACGGCGCCCACAACUACUCCGUCUUCAUCAUGAGCAACGAGAACGAGCUCAUCUGGGAGGGCGCAUACGGCGACAUCUCCGCCUACCGGGCGCAGUACCUGGACGGCGAGCCGGUGCUCACGUACAUGACGGGCAUCACUUUCCCGGAGCCCUUUGGCUGGGGCUACGGCGCCAUCUUCAUCUUCGACCAGACGUACAAGAACAUCAUCAACGUCACGCUGCCCCAGAACCGUGACGACCUGAACCUGCAGACGUUUGGCGGCUGGGACUCGUCCGGCCUGGCCAACGGAAGCUGGAUCGACAUGCACGAGGACCUCAUCACGCCCGAGGGCACCAUGUUCAUCCCGGCCAUCAACGUCACGCAGACCGACCUGACCUCCGUGGGCGGCCCCGUCGACGGAUGGAUCGCCGACUCCUUCUUCUUCGAGGUCGACGUCAAGACCAGCGACAUCCUGUUCCAGUGGAACCACCUCGACCACCUGGACGAGAUCCCCCUCGCCGACUCCGCCGAAGUCUACCCGCUCGGAGACAUGGGCUUCAACUCGUCUGAGCCUUGGGGACCCUUCCACAUCAACUCGAUCGAGAGGUUCGCCGACGGUGGCUUCCUCAUCUCCUCGCGCCACUACUGCUCCAUCUUCAAGAUUGCCAAGGACGGCUCGGUCGAGUGGACCCUGAACGGUCGCACGGGUGGCUCCUUUGCUCUGAAGAACGGCCUGUCCUUCUGCUACCAGCACGACGCGCGCAUCCACGCCGAGGGCAACGGCACGACGCUCAUCUCGCUCUUCAACAACGACAACAGCGCGGUGGAGUCGGGCGUCAACGAGACAACGGGCAUCCUCCUGACGGUCAACACGGCGACGUGGGAGGCGACGCUGACGCAGGAGUUCAUCGACAAGGACGACACCAUCUUCGCCGUGUCGCAGGGCAACGUGCAGGUGCUCAACGACGGCAGCGGGCACGUGGUGAUGGGCUACGGCAGCGUGCCCAAGAUCAAGGAGUUCAACGCGGAGGGCGAGUGCGUCUUCACGGCGCAGUUCGGCGAGGACCGCGUCGUGCAGAGCUACCGCAACUACAGGUUCCCGUGGGUGGGCAAGCCGUACUACGCGCCCAAGGCGUUCGCGUGCAGCGCCGGCAACCAGACGGAGGUGUACAUGAGCUGGAACGGCGCCACGGAGAACAAGAGGUGGACCGUGUUUGCGGGCGACGCCGAGGACUCGUUGGUCGAGAAGGUUGGCGUCGAUAAGACCGGCUUCGAGACCAAGGCGACGUUUGCCGGGUCUGCGCAGUUUGUCAGAGUCGAGAGCGCCGGCGAGGGCAUCGAGACCGGUGUCAGCGAGGUUGUUGCUGUUGAGAGCCAGUGCUAG